AUGAAUUCUUCUAAUUUGAGCUGCCAAUAAUCAACUAAAUUUGAGGAAUAAAUUAUUGAAAAAGAAUUAUUAUAUUCAACAUAUAAAAACAGAGCUUUGAGAAAAUUAAAAUUCAUAUCAAGUUCACCUUAGAUUAAAAAAUCAUCUAUUUAUACAAUGGAAAAAUUUUAGGAAUGUAAAUUUAACUUUUAAUUAAAAUUAUAGAGCAGAAUGCCCUGGUGUUAGAGAGAAACCAGAAAUAUUUAAUAAUUUGGAUCAAAUCCACAAUCUUUCAUGGUAAGGUUAGUUUGAUGAAAACAAAAAUAAAGUUGGUAAAUGGAUUGUUUUUUGGAAGAAAGAACUUCUUAAGCAUGCGGGAGGAUACUAUAAAGAAGGGAAAAAGUAUGGAUUAUGGAAAGAUCAAUUCUUAAACUAUUCGAGGUAAUUACUAGUAGCUAUUAGAACAAAUAGACAAGUAGAAAUUUUUGAUUUUGGAGAAUAUUAUAAAGAGUUGAGAAUUGGAAGAUGGAACUAUCUUAAUUUUGCGAAGAUGAUGUAUUUAUUUAAAAAAUUUUUAGCUGUUGUGGGUUUUACAAUAAAAAAGGUUAAAAGUAAUUAAAUGGAUUGAGCUAGAUGAAGGAUUUCAUGAUCCUAAAAAAUCACUCAUCAUGGAGAAUACAAUAUGUGCAUAAAGGUAGGUAGAUGGGAUAUUAUGUAUUCUCAUUCGAAUAAAAAGGAAUACAAAUACAUGUAAAUUUUAUUUAAGUAUUAAGUGGAAUAAAAAUGUAUAUAUAGUGGUGGUGGAUCAUAUCAUGAAGAUGAUU